UCAUUAAAAAAUAUGCAACAGGUUAUGUAGAAACAACUCUUAACCUUUUUAAGAGAUGAAAAUAAUCUUCAGUUUAUUCUUAUCAGAAUGAAUGUAUUUGAAACCUCCACUUCAAUUUAGAAGUAAAUUAGUAGUGGUUUUAUGUUUUUAUAGAAAUAUCACCUGCUCUAUCUCUGACUACUAGUUUUUUUGGACAAAAACAAUUCAUCAAAUACAUAAAGAAAAAAACACAUGAUUCCUAUCAGUUUCUUUGGAAAGGGUUAAGCGAAGGCGUGAACCUAUCUGUCCAGAAUUAUGGAUCAACCUGUUCUAGAGCAGAUAAGUUUUAAGUAUUACAAUGUUGUUUAAUUUUAUUUUUUUACAUUUUUAUUAGAAAAAUCACAUAAAAAAUAUUAAUUGAAUUAUUUGAUAAAUAUUAUGGAAUUUGUAAUUUUUUUAAGGGGUAAGUAUGUAUCUAGUAUGAAUAUUGAUGAUUCGGUUAAUAUUGAGAUAUAAUUAUUUUUUUAAUAUACCUGAUAAAAUUUAAAAAGCACGUUUUUAAAAUAUUUCUAUUUUUCUCUCUAUUUUUCUAAAUCUUAAAUUCUUAUCUUUAAUGCAGGUUACUGAAUCCAUCAUCAUCAUAUAAUAACCUAGAAUUUUGCUGUAUAAAUGGUGGUUCAUACAGAAUUCUCAGUCUAUCAGGAUGAAGCGUAAAAAAGAAAAAAAAAACGAACAGGAGAAUUCCUUCGACUGGUACGAUCGAUAUAGAGUAGACAUGGCUCUGAAAAAAAGACAAUGAAAGCGACGAGACGAAGUAGAUGAGCGUGCUGGAGGGGGUCAUCGACCGGUCCAGCCAUGAUACCUGUCCCAACACUCAGGGAAAGAUUGAGGCAAGCUGCUAUAGCGGGCCAGCCGGACCGAGUCAAGGAAUAUUGCAGACUAGGAGUUGCCAUAGAACCUGAUGAGGAAGGUAGGACGGCGUUACACCUCGCUGCUGCUAACGGACACGUAGACAUCGUUAAAAUAUUAUUGCAUUAUGGUGCCAAAGUCAAUACGGCCGAUGUGGCUGGAUACACUCCCCUCCACCAAGCAUCCACCGAAGGUCAUGUCGAAGUUGUCAGGCUGCUGUUAAAGAAUGGAAGUCAUGUUGACGCACAGGACGAACACCAUGGAAACACAGCUCUACACGAAGCUGCCUGGAAGGGGUACAGCCAGACUCUGGAAGUUCUUUGUAAACAUAAGGCUAACGUGUAUAUACUGAAUAAGGGUGGUUUCUCGGCACUUCAUCUUGCGUGUCAAAAUGGUCAUAAUCAAAGCUGUAGGGUCAUACUCUUAUCGGGAUGCAAACCGGACAUAAAAAAUAAUUAUGGAGACACACCACUUCAUACAGCUUCCAGGUAUGGACAUGCCGGAGUACUUAGGAUACUGAUAAGUGCUUUCUGUCAUACAUCCGAGCUGAACAAAAAUGGCGACACUGCUCUACAUAUAGCAGCGGCUAUGGGGAGAAGGAAACUAACAAGAAUCCUCUUAGAGGCAGGAUGUGAUCAAAUGAUAAGGAAUAAACAGGGUGAGAGAGCCAUUGAUAUUGCAGAAAGGAAAGAAUUUACGGAAGUUCAAAAUAUACUUUUAAAUCCACCCGCUAAAGUUAUUCACGUGCAGCAAAAGAGUAAGGACGAAAAGAAACAAAAUAAGAAAAGGGAUAAAGGAAGUGGAACGUCACAGGGCAGUAAAGACAGCACUAAUAAGCAGAGAAGAGAUAAACAUAAAAAGAGCAAACACGGCCAUAAAGUUCACUUUAUGGACGAAGGCAAGAAAAAUGUCCUUUGGAACGGUCAUUGGAGUCCUUACGGAUGUCCCAUGUUUCCCAAUAUGGCGGAUUUCCCUUCUCCGAAACUAGAUUCGCUUCCACCAGAACCUUUAAAGAAGGGAGAACAAUAUUACAUAGAUCUCGAAGGAAAUAUUAAAAAAGGUCCCGUUGGCGUUGGGUACAGUUGCUACUGCGCUCCAUUUUUCCAACACGUAGAAAAGAAGAUGGAGGUGGAUAAGCAAGAGAUCAUGGAUCAUAUAGAUCACGCUCACGACGAUUUAAACGAUAAAAUUGCCAGUUUAGAAAGGAGGACAAGGACUCAAAUAUUAAAUAUGAAUCAGACUAUGAAAGAAAAAUUAGCAACCGAACGGGCGGAAUGUAUCGAAAGAAUAGAAAGACGUUCCAUGAGAGAGAAGUUAGAGUUAGAGAAAGUUCAACAGCAAAGUGCGGAUUGUAUUAGGAAGGAAAUGAAGUCGUGGGUUCAUAAUAAAUUCUCAGAUAUCGAAGAUAGAAAGAAACACGACGAAAAUAUUCACCAUAAUCACAACGAGAGGACUCAUUUGCAGCAGUCAUUGGAGGGUAUAAUGAGGACUAAGUCGGAAUCCGAAUCGGACGACAGCGAAUCCUUGCAAGGGACUACAGCAAAUAACCCAAUUCUGUCUUAUCAGAAUAACAACAAUAAUAAUAAUAAUAAUAAAAGUGAAGCGGCUAACGGGUGUAACGACAGAGACGAUCAUCCACCUGUGGGACAAGUGCAAAGGCUACGGACCGAUUUCGAAAAGUUAGGCGCAAGACCAAAAUAUUUUGUUCCUACGUCGUACCAGUGCCCCAAUAGCGGAUCCAAUAUAAACGACAAUAAAGAUUCAAAAACUGAUUCUAAGGCCGAGAGUGAAUCCAUAAAUAGUGAUCUCAGGGCGGGCGAAACGUGUCCCCAACCUUUAGAAAUUUACGUGGGGGAACAUCCCAAAGAAUCCACACCUGAUUCCGGAUACCACACCAAGAUGUCACCGAGAAUUAGUGAAAGCAGUGGAUCACCGUAUUGCCAACCUUUAUCCAGUUCGCAGUUGCCUCCUCAAUCGUAUCACUCUGGUAUUCCUAGUCAGUUGUAUUCGCAUUGCCAUAAUGGUCAUAAUUCCGUUAACCAUAAUGGACUCCCCCCAGCUUCUCAGUAUAUUUAUAACGAAGAGAGAAGGUCGCUAAACGGUACGCACCGCGCGAAUAAUUCCAGUCACGUUCACUUUACCUGCGUCGAUCAUCUGUGUAAACUUAACGAAGGACUCAAUUUGUCCGGUGAUGGAUCAAGUUUAGUGUAAUUAUUGUAUUUCUAAUGUAAAUAUUAUUUACACACGGCGUCAUUGUACAGUAUUAACAUAAUAAAAUGCUUCGCAUCUCUA